AUGCCCGCCCCCGCGCCCCCGUUCGUCGAGCCGGCCACCGCGUACCCCGGCGACGACAACUACUCGUCCGUCAACCACGUCGCGGACGCGCUCGUCACGCCGGCGACCGCGGGGCACGACGCCGACUGCGACCCGUUUGAGGAGGAGUCUGUUCGGGCUGUGCCUGCGCCUGCCGUGGGGGAGGCACGCGUCGAGGACGACGGCGGCGAGGCGGGCGAGGCCGGCAAGAGCAGCACCGUCCUUGGCGACACGGCCAACAUGUCGCGCAACAGCAGCGGCUUCUUCCAGGGCAUCAAGUCGAGCAAGUACAUGCGGAGCAGCAAGGAAAAGAAGCCCAUCUCGGAGCUCGCGCCGCUCGAGUUCUCCGGCCGCUUCGCGGGCGGGCUCCGCGCCGACCUGCUGCGCCGCGUGCCGCUCUACGUGUCGGACUGGACCGAGGCCUUCACCGGCGGCAACUGCAUGAAGACGACCGCCUCCAUCUGCUUCCUCUUCUUCGCCUGCCUCUCGCCCGCCGUCACCUUCGGCGCCGCCUUCGCCGACGCGACCGACAACCAGCUCGGCGUCAUCGAGACGAUCAUCUCGUCUGGCAUGUCGGGCCUCAUCUACUCCUUCCUCUCGGGCCAGCCCCUCUGCAUCCUCGGCGCGACCGGCCCCGAGCUCGCCUUCACCGUGUGCACGCGCUUCACCGAGGAGAUCUUCUCCUUCCUCAUCUCGAUCAUCUUCAUCGUCGGCGCCUUCACCACCCUCAUCAAGCUCUACCUCGCCGACCCCGACGUCGAGGGCGACGACCCGGCGGCGCCGGCCAACCGCGCAAAGGCCUUCCUCGGCACGCUGCUCGGCCUCUUCACCUACUUCACCGCCAUGUGGUGCCGCGCCUUCCCCAAGCGCAACGAGGCGACGCCGCUCGUCCGCAAGCUCGUCGCCAACUACGGCGUCACCCUCUCCAUCCUCCUCUACUCGGGCAUCAACUACGGCUUCCGCGACGUCGACGUGCCCUGCCUCGACAUGCCGGACGAGAUCGUGCCCACCGCGACGCUCAACGGGACCGGCGAGUCGCGCGGCUGGUUCGUCAACCCGUUCGGGGACGAGACCGCCUCCGGCUACGACACGCCCGGCGUCGGCUUCAUCUUCUUUACCGCCGUGCCGGCGCUCGGCCUCGCCGUGCUCGGCUACCUCGACCAGAACCUGACGACGCUGCUCAUCAACCGCAAGGACCACAACCUGAAGAAGGGCGGCGCGUACCACCUCGACCUCCUCGUGUGCGGCAUCUUCAUCUACCCCAUCUGCGGCUUCUUCGGCCUCCCCUUCACGCACGCCGCGACCGUCCGCUCGAUGUCGCACCUCAUGUCGCUCAUGACGCGCGAGGACUCCAAGAACGAGCACGGCCAGACGGUCUCCAAGGUGACCAACGUGGUCGAGCAGCGGGUGACGCACCUGGGCAUCCACUGCCUCCUCCUCGCCGCGCUCGGCCUCUCCGCGGUGCUCACCAAGAUCCCGAAGGUGGUCCUGGCGGGCGUCUUCCUCUACAUGGGCGUCACGGCGCUGCCGGGCGUGCAGCUGUACGAGCGGCUCUGGCUGUGGCUCAUCUGGGACACGAAGAAGUACCCGCAGUACGACUACGUGACCCAGGUGGCGCGCAAACCGCUCCACCUCUACACGCUCUUCCAGUUCUCCUGCCUCGCCGUCCUCUACGCCCUGACCAAGGUGCCAAACCCGUACAUCUCGGUCAUCUUCCCAUUCUUCAUCGCCUUCCUCCCCCUGAUCCGCAAGCUGGUGCCAAAGUGCUUCCCCUCCGUCUGGAGCAAGGAGGACCUCAAGGCGCUCGACAAGUAG